AUAAUGAUUGCAUGUAAUUCUCAACAAAUAAUUUCCAUUAAUAAAUCCAAAGAGGAAGAAUCGCAAAACAAAAUUUUUACAAAAGAAGAAGUUGAUAUAUCCAAAUUUCCAAUAAUUGAAUUUAAAGGAUAUGUUAAUUGUGUCAGUGGUUUUAAUGAUUGUGCUAUGAUUUGUGAUGAUAUUAUAAAAGAAGUAGAAAAUUCUGAUCAUAAAGAAAUAAUAAUAGGAUUUGAUUUGGAAUGGCCUUUUAAUUUUCAUACAGGAAGUGGAAAAACAGCCUUAGCACAAAUUUGUUUUAAUGAAACUAUUUGUUAUUUAUUACAUAUAUAUUCAUUAAAGAAACUACCUGCAGCAUUUGUAGUUUUUUUAAGUCAUCCAAAAGUAAGAUUAGUUGGAGUGAACAUAAAAAAUGAUAUUUGGAAAUUAGGCAGAGAUUUUAAAGAAUUUCCUGCUUCUAAAAUUAUUGAAAAUAAUUGUAUUGAUAGUGGUAAAUUUGCAAAUGAAAUAUUAAAUAGAUCUUGUCGAUGGAGUUUAGAAAAAUUAACAGCAUAUUUGUUAAAAAGAAAACUCAAUAAAAAUCCAAAAGUAAGAAAAAGUAAAUGGCAUUUAUAUCCUUUAAGUAAUGAACAAAAAGUAUAUGCUGCAACAGAUGCUUAUGUUUCCUGGCUCUUACAUACAAUUAUACAAAAACAGGCAGAUAUUAAAAAAAAUGUGAUAUAAAAUGUUCAAAUUAAAUAUUAAAAUUAUGUAUAAUAGUAAAAAAAAUUAAAUUUUGAAAAAAUAUAUAAUACAAUAUAUUAUCUCAUUAUGUCUACAAAAAUAAUCAAAGUUUUGUGGACAGGUAGAUUAAGUUAUAAUUCUGGCCUUAAAUUACAAAAAAUAUUGUCUGAUCGACAUCAUCAGAAAUUAAAAAAUGAGAAUUGUAAUACAUUAAUAUUGAUUGAACAUAAUCCAGUAUUUACAGUAGGAAUCAGAGAUAAAAUCUAUACAAUAGAAGAUGAAGAGAAAUUAAAAAAUUUAGGUGCAGAAUUUUUUAGAACAAAUCGAGGUGGUCUUAUAACUUUUCAUGGACCUGGACAAUUAGUAGCAUAUCCCAUAUUAAAUUUAAAGGAAUUUAAGAAUGGCAUUAAAUGGUAUGUUUGUCAAAUAGAAAAUAUGAUUAUUCGUUUAUGUGCAAAAUAUGGUAUUAAAGGUGAAAAAUCUUCUGACACUGGUAUAUGGAUAAAUGAUAAAAAAAUCUGUGCUAUUGGUAUUCAUGGAUGUCGUUAUAUAACAACACAUGGUUUAGCUUUAAAUUGUAAUACAGAUUUAAAUUGGUUUAAUCAUAUUGUUCCCUGUGGUAUUGAGGGAAAAGGUGUAACAAGUAUUAGUCAAGAACUUAAUACAAAUGUUACUAUUCAAGAUGUAUUACCUUUAUUUCAAAAUGUUUUUCAAGAUCAGUUUGAAUGUACAUUAAUUGAAUAUUCAGUUGAAGAAUCUUCUCAAUUACUUAAACUUGUCAAUAAUAGUAUAUAUUAAUAUAAUAUUUAUUUUCAAAAAUAAUAAAUAAUGAUUUGAAAUAUAUUAAAA